AUGCACAAGCAAAAUGAAAAAAAAGAAGAAGAAGUAAAUGAAAGAAAAAAAGAAAAAAAGGUCCUGCACGGACAGCAAUUACUUAGGAAGGCCCUGCAGUGGGCGCUUGUAAGCCUUCACUCGUGCGGUCAGCAGAGAGCGACAAGCGUCGACAGGCCGAAAAGCACAAGCGGCAGCGCCCGACCCCCGCACACCUGCACAGAGCUGUCCCCGGAUAGCGCCCAUGAUGUCGCAGAGCCCCAGCUCCGGGGCUGUGCGGCGCGGCCAGCCGUACUCGGCGACUCCCCAUCCUCCGUCUCAGCCUCAUCCACGCCAGCUGCUCCACUCUCUCGCGUCGGCCUAGGCUUCACAAUCGCACCGCGCGACUCCAUUGUUGCCUGA